CCGGAGGCUGGCGGCCUCUAAACAGAACAGCCGGACCUGUAGUCGGCCAUCUCGCCUGAGUCGCUGUCACUGUCCCUGUCCCUGUCAUCCUCUCUCUGCUCGGUGCCCUGACACACCUACACACAUACAAUCAAUCAAGGUAGGUGUGCCAGCCUCUCCAUCAAUCGCUGUGCUCGUUGCUUACCUUGUGUGCGACAUCCUCCGGCGCAGCAACACCCACAAGGCUGUUGGUGUGACAGUCGUCGUCCAGGUCGUCAGGGAUGGCCUUGGAUGUCAUGCGUGUCUUGUCAAGGUACAGGUGCGCCUUGCUGUCGAUCUCAUCGAAGUAGCUAAAGCGGCACAGCACAGGGAAGCCGACACUCCAUGAGACCUGAGUCCAUGAGACCUGAGUGUCGUUUGUGCGUGGCUCACCAGGACUUGUGGAACUGUUGGGUCACCAACCUGCACACACACACACACACAGACGCAACCACAUGCACCACACGGCCGUCGUGUGCGUUGAUUGGUGUCUUCAAGUUGCGUACUCGUUGACGCGCCCCUGGAUGGAGCGGAACCCCUCGUCGGCCACAUAGUCGAGACGGGCAAGGUCGAUCUGACAAUCAUGAGCCACAUCAAGACGCAGGCAAUCAUGAGUGGCCCAUCCGUCCGGCUUACGACGUCGGCACGUGUCUUCUUGGGCAUGUUGGCAUUGAUGUUGCCCUUGCUGGCGAGGCGAGCCAGCUCAUCCUCGAUGAAGUUGUCGCACAGCACGUCAGACUCCUGCACGCACACACGCACACACACACACACACACACUUUUGCCCCCUCAAGCAUAUACGACGGCCUGGGUACCUUCAUGAUGACAGGGUCAUUCUUGUUGGUGGAAUCGGCGAAUGGGAAGAAGGGCACCACAGAGUUUGCCCCGGCAUUGAGACGACCUGCAGCAAUCGCCGAGCAAUGGGACACGGAUGUCCCAUACUCCCUUCUGCGUGGCCCACACUUUUCCUCACCACUGAACGGAGUACUGAACCUCUCGGAAAUGCGCCUGCGUGUCUCUCGUCGCGUCGCGUGCAGCACCUGAUCCAGCGUCUGAGACACACAACCAACAGUCGGCACAGCACACACCGCCAGCUAAGGAGACGGCCCCGCUCACCUCCUUGUCGGCUCGUGCAAUGGUGGGAUUGUCGUUGCCGAUUUUCAUGACGAUGUCGUCGAGCAUGUUAGUCGUGAGGAUGAAGACCAGCUUCGAACAGUCGACGGCCUCCGUCUAAACACAAGCGCAGAGGGACACUUAGAGAGUCUAAGCCAUUGAUCGGUACUCAUGACCUGGCUUCGUCCGCUCUUAAGUUGCUUGUCGUGCCAUUCGCCGCGAUCGAACACUGAAUGAGCACACAAACAGGGUCACCAAGCUGAGAGCGAAUCAGGUGGAUGGAUGGAUGGAUGGAUGGGUGUGAGCACGGACCGUUCAGUAGAGCCUCGUGGGCAGAUCGCUCGCCGAUCUUCUCGAACUCGUCUAGCAGCACCACACCAAACUGAUAAAUAAGAGAGAAAGACAAACAUACAUACACCCAAGUGGCCCCCCUCUGUUGUAGCCCAGGCCUCCCUGUGUGUACCUUCUUGUGAUGCUGUGCGAUGAAGUUGUUGAGCUUCGAUCCCUCCUUGGCGCCCUGGUAGGCACCCGCCGCGCCAAACAGCUCCGUCUUGGUCGAGAACUGCUCGCAGGAGACCUUGAGCAGGUCACUUCCCUCACCGAACACGGCAGCCAACCGCUGACCCAUCUACCAAACAAACAGCACACACACACACCAGACACACCCGCCUCGCACAAAUGACGUUGACGGCACCUCAUGUGUGGUGUGCUCACCUCGGUCUUGCCAUGUCCGCUCGGCCCGCACAACAUCAGCACCAGGGGCCGCUUGGCGCCUCCCUCAGACUGGUCCUUGGCCCAGCAGGCCAUCGCCAGGUGGACGGCGUAGGUGGCAGGCCGCUGCCCGACCAGCCAGUACUCGAUUGAGGGCAGGUAGUGGAGCCGAGGGAAGGGCAUCUUGUCGCCGAUUUCCUUGAGGCGGUCCUUCUUCAUGCGCUUGUGGAUUCGAGCGCGUUCCAGCCAGUACGUGACACCGAUCGUGGCGUUGGGGGAGUCGUCGAGCUUGCGACCAUCUGCACACACGCAGACACAAUUGGAUCAAGAGCCCAAUUGCAAGAGCGUCCUUGACUGACCUUGGUUCUCUUGGUCUGGGUCAGCUCCGAGGCCCAGCAGGAAGGCGACGGCCUGACGACGGCGGCUGUUGUCGAUGUCGGCAUCCCAGAUGGUCCACUUCAGCGUGUCGUCCGCGUCAAACAGAAACGUCUCAACCAU